UACCAACGACAAAUAUGACUGAGGAAAAAAAAACAGUGUCGUCACCAAUGAGGAACCCACAACUGUAUACAACAUUUCGACUAAAAAUAAAUUGAUCUAAAACUGAUAAAAAAGUUGAAAAGUCAUAUUGUUGAAAGAGAAAAGGUUUCUGUGCCAAGUGAGUGGUAAAAUCCUGGCUCUACGCGGGAUAAAGUGGUGGUUUGUGGCGGCAUCGGUCUUUAGAAUCAGGACCGAGGGCCCCUGAGUUGGAGGGCCAUGGCGGGUUUGAAGGAUGAGGAUAAAGCCCUCUUCCCUGUACGAAGUAUAUCCUCUAUUGUGCAAAUAUUUGAAAAACAGUUGGCUAAUAAUAAUACUGAACCAGACUUGGCAUUACUAUCGAUACUUGUUGGUGCUGUUGAGAAUUCGUUAACCUGCAAUCGUUCUAUUGCGUCGCCAGAGAGCACUCUUUACGAUGGGCCGAAACUUCCAGCAGUUGAGUUCAGCAUUGCUGAGACACUUUACUCAAAAUUUCAUGCUAUUAUCAAAGGAGCUUUGGAUUUGUCGAUUUAUGAUAAGAAAUAUGCCACCAGGGAGUUAGUUAAAAGGGUCUCAGAUGUCAUAUGGAACUCAUUGACCAGAAGUUACUACAAAGAUAGAGCACAUCUUCAGAGCCUCUACAGCUAUCUCACUGCUAACAAGUUGGAUUGUUUUGGAGUGGCUUUUGCGGUUGUCGCUGGAUGUCAAGUUUUGGGAUUCAAUGAUGUACAUCUGGCCAUGUCUGAGGAUCAUGCCUGGGUGGUUUGUGGAGAGAAUGGAGAUGAGACUGUUGAGGUUACGUGGCACGGAAAAGGUAAUGAGGAUAAACGUGGACAACCCGUGGAGGCAGGAAUCGCCUCUCGUUCGUGGCUGUAUGUUAAUGGAAACGCUGUUAUCUGCAACAGAGCCAUGGAAGUUGCAACAAUAGUAUCAGCAAUAAAUCCUAGUCUGAGUGCGACAGCAGAUGCUGCUGAAGUAGCACUUUUGCAACAAGAGCUCUUGUGGUUGUUGUACGACCUGGGGCAUUUAACAAAAUACCCAAUGGCUCUAGGAAAUCUUGGAGACUUGGAGGAGGCUGCUCCAACGCCUGGGAGGCCUGCUGCAAUUAUUCUUUUUCAAGAAGCAAUACGUUCGGCGAGAAAAUUCUAUGGCAAUGCUCAUGUUUAUCCUUAUACUUAUCAGGGCGGUUAUCUCUAUCGGCAUGGACUGCAUGCAAAUGCACUUGCAUCGUGGGCUGAUGCUGCUGAUGUUUUGCGAAAGUACGAUUAUUCCCGAGACGAUGGAGAGAUCUACAAAGAGUUACUAGAAAUAGCAAAUGAGUUAAUUCCCCACACAGUUCGAGCUGACGAGUAUCUACUCCGACAACCCCGUUGUUUUGCCUACCUCUUACGUUUUUACGAUGGCAUCUGCCAAUGGGAAGAGGGUGCCAAUACCCCUGUGCUCCACAUCGGGUGGGCAAAGCCCCUAGUAAACACAAUAUCUAAAUUCGAUGCCAGCAUCAGGGCUCAGGUAAUCAUCGAGUGUCAUGAAACUGAGUUACAAAUGAACUACGUGCACGACGACGAUAACCAUCACUCCAGAGAAUUUCGUAGAGAUACAAAUGUGGAUGAGGGAAAUCAUCACAACAAUAAUAACCACCACAACAACAACAACAAUACAACAACGAGCAAUAACAAUAACAAUAAUUAUUGUAAGACAAAGGAGAGAUUGAGUGCAGCGAGAGAUUUGAUAGCGAGCCUGGAAUCGAAGGUGCAGUCAACAAAUCCUGCACCAAUGCAUCCGGGAAUUCAGGCGUUGACAGCUGCUUGCAGUGAAAAAAUACUCAACCGUGAUUAUUUGUUGCAAGGGGAUGGAGAACCUUUUGUUGUACCUCAGGAUACUUCAUUACCUCCCACCCCAUCAACAUCUCAGGAAACUCUUGAUCCCGAAGUUGAAGAGGAUUCUGAUAAUGAUAGUCCCCGAAUAACUCUGCACAGUGAAAAAAUGAAAGGUCUGAAGGAUUUACUUCUCGCUGAAAAAUUAAAUACACACGCGAUUUCUUUGCAAUUGACAGCGCAAAGUCAAGUUCAAAUUGGGAAGAAAACCAGGGGCAUUGAUGAUUUUGGGGUUCAUCAACGACCCAAGAGGACACGUCGAGAGUGAUUUAUUCUACAGGGUAUUUAUGAUCAGAUAUUUUACUUUUUUUUAACAAAGUGGCCGGGAACAGGAGGUUGGACCAAGAAAUAUAUCCUGGCACCUUUUUUUGGUAAAUGAAGUUUUUAAUUGUUGAAUUUUUAAAAUUUUUGUGUCGCAUCCUGGCAAUUACUGGAACUAUGUAGAAAUCUACAAUAGGCUAAGUCACUGAGAAAAUCGCCUGCAGAGAGUCUCGGCGAUAUCUUUAAAAUUUCUAGGCCUGAAGGAAAAUAUCUAGAUAUAACUCUAGAUCAUAUUCCCUCCAGUUCCUUGUUCUUCGUCACUUUAUCACUACUUUUUUAUUUCGACUUUGCAUCAUUUCGCAGGGAAUUGAUGCCUGUGAAUUUUCAUUUUGGUGCUCAUCUCUUCUGAGACAACAGAAAACUCGCUUCCGUUAUUUUGCCAAUCAGGGUAGUUAUAGGAUAUUUCGAUGUGAGGGCAGAAAACUAGUUUUUCAUUUUUACGGAGUUAAGUAGAGUGAACAGGUCAAUUGCCAGAGGAUUAAGGGAUAUUUGUCAAUCAAUGGACAGAAGGAAUAUUACUUAAAAAUUGAAAUUGUCCUGACAAUAAUCCCGAAUCACAAAUUCACCUGUUCCCCCUACCCUCCCACGGAUAAAACUACUUUGUUGAUGAAUUUGAAAUCCUAUAUUUCAUCACAAUAGGUUUCGAGGGGAAUCUUAUGAUCACAAAGCGUGACUAAAUGCCAUUUUGCACAUGAUGCAAUGAAAAUGGCAUAAUUUUUAUGAUUGAGUUUAGAUGUGGGGACAAGGCUUAGCUGUUUGUUAGAAGUUAAUUGUGUGUAGAAAAGUACAAAACAUAUUUUCCUUUUUUUAUUAGUAAUUUAAAAAGAUGUGAAAAAAAUAUGAGAGCAAGUUAGGUCUUAAAAUUGAGAUUUAUUUUUUAUUGGCUAUAUUUAUUGAUGAGAAAAAACAUUCUAUCAAGAUCAAAAUGUUUCUUUAAUGAUUACUUUUUAAUAACUUAUUUAUUGAAGGAAAAAAAUUGACUUAUGAAUAAGAUAGUGAGAUUCUUUUUACAUUCCGUUCCACUAAUCAACUCGAAAAAAUCGUAUUUUUUAGCUGAUAUAUAAUGACAUUUCGUUCAAUUAAUUACGAGUAAUGGAGUCCAUCAUUUGUCAUAUUUCUAUAUUUAUUAAUUCAAUUAUUGAUACUUGUUUUAAUGGCACAUCGGUCAAGUACUACCCGCAUUUUUUGAAAUGCGUGUAUUCACGUAUUAAUUUGAUUUGUCACACGCUUCAAAAAAAUAUACAUACAUUUGCGUACGUAAAUUAUUUUAUCCACUAAUUUAUUGCUACUUAAUAAUUAAGUUAUAGCAUUGUUUCCGCGCAGAAUCUCGUGUAUCAACCAUCGCCAUUUUUUUAGCUUCCUGACUGUAGAAAAAAUAUUUUUUUUCUUUUUAUUAAAUUCAAGCAAGCCCCUCCCCCAAACAAUCAAUUGGUUGUAAGUGGAUUGUUGUAGAAUAACUGUUGAUAGAAAUUGAGGUGAGAGCUAAUUUAGAUGCUUAAAGAGAAAAAAAAACUACAAAGAACACACCUUAGUAAAAUGAAAAAAAAAAAUAUUAUAAAAAUUAAUCCACGGAAGAUGUGGAUUAAUUAAAUGCGUUACAAUGAAAAGGCGCUAUCUUGCUGUGAUGCUGUUGAUAUACUGUACGAUAGUACUAUUGAUAGGACUGAGAUAUUGCGAGGCGCAGCGUGGCUGAAAAAAAAAUGGGGAAAAAGUGAAUUGCUAUAAAUUGAUGAGUAAAACUAAAUGAAAUUGUUUAAAAGAAAUUAAAUAUAUUCACGCUAUAAGAGAACACGUAGUUGAUUAUCUCGUGUGUGACUAAUCCAACUAGUAAAUGCGUGUACCCAUAUACGUAUACUAUAUAAGCGUAAUCGUUCAGUAUAGAUCUGUUUAAACUGAUAAAUACCAUUUUCAGUAUUUAGAAUGAUUUAUAAACAUUGAAAUAAUGAAUAACACAUGAAACGUACAGGGAAAAGUAUUUUUCUAUUGGUAAAAAUUGUUGUGAUUCCCAUGAUUGCUUCAAAAUACGUGUGAUAUCCAGUGUGGGAGGUUUUAUUUUUCAUCGAUCUUCAUUGUUUGAUUUUGUAUGCCUUCGCUGCGUUUUCAGUUACUCCAAGCUCCUGAUUUUCUUUUUCUUGGACAGUUCCGUAGCAAAAUAGAGAGAGAGAGAGAGUAAGGCGGGAGGCUUCAAAAUGUUUUUUGAUAUUUCCGUCAAAAACAACUCAUCCAUAGAAAUGAGGCAAUGCAUGAUAAAUGAAUCAACUGAUCUCGUUUAUUUAUUUGACUAGAGCCCGAUGUUUUUCGUCUUUUAUAAACUUAGUUGAUUCACUUAAUAUGGAGUCCCUCAUGUAAUUUCGCAUAAAUUUGUUAGGACCUACCAUUUCCAUAUCCAAUUAUUAAAAAUGAAGAUAUCAAUGUGAAGCAUACUCAGUGCGUGCCAUAAUGAAUCAUUCACACGAUUUCAAUUAAUAAUAUUUUCUUUGACAGAAAUAGAUUCUUCCUAAUAUUUUCCGAUCUGUUACGAAAAGAAUAGAUAAAAACCUACCUUUCCGAUGAUAAAAAAAAAUAAUUGAAAAAUUGAUCGAAAGCAAUAACUAGCUAUAAUAGAGAUACAAGAACGAAUUUGAAAUGAAUCUUUUGUCGGCAUAAUAGCAAGUACUUAGAAAACUGGAAGGAAGUAUAUUUACAAUAUUAUUUGAUUCACAUGCAGCACCAGUGAUACAUUUCAACGAUUAAAAUGUGAGAGUAAUGAACUCUGCGUCAUGUAUAAGGAUUAAUCCAAUCAAGAUCUUACUGUAUACCAUUAUGUGUUAAAGAAUUAUCACUAUUGUGUAACAUCUGAUGAUUAGUGACUCAAGUAACGGAAACAUCAGAAAUAGCUACAUGUCCGAAAGGAAAUUUCAAAAGAAAUGUUGCAAUUUUACACCAAUGAAACAUUCAUUGAAACUACGUAAUGCAGGAUUAAUUAAUCAAAAAAAUGUUUUAUUGAAAAAUAUUAAUAGUGUUUUCUUUAUUAUGCUUAUGCAGUGCAUUCACGCACUCACACACUGUUCUCCAGGAAUUACGAUUCAAGUUAACAAUUUCUAUUGUCACUCAACGACAGUACAGUGAUAUAUGUAAGGCAUUAUAAUAAAAAAAAGAUACAGAUGUCUGUUUCAAUUUUUUUCCUCUGUGAACUAUAAUAAACUAUUUUAUUAUUCUAA